AUGGAAGGCGAGGAGCGGCCGGAGCCCUCCUCGGGCCUGCUGGCGGACGGGCACCUGGUGCUGUGGACGCUGUGCUCGGUGCUGCUGCCCGUGUGCAUCACCUUGUGGUGCAGCCUGCAGCGGUCGCGCCGGCAGCUGCACCGCAGGGACAUCUUCCGCAAGAGCAAGCACGGCUGGCACGACACGGACCUGUUCGGCCACCCCACCUACUGCUGCGUGUGCGCGCAGCACAUCCUGCGGGGCGCCUUCUGCGACUGCUGCGGGCUGCGCGCCGACGAGGGCUGCCUCCGGAAGGCCGACCGGCGCUUCCCGUGCAAGGAGAUCGUGCUCAAGCCUGACGCCAAGGCCCUGGACGCCAUGCCCCACCACUGGAUACGGGGCAACGUGCCCCUGUGCAGCUGCUGUGUGGUGUGCACGCAGCAGUGCGGCAGCCAGCCUAAGCUCUGCGAUUACAGGUGCAUUUGGUGUCAGAAAACUGUCCAUGACGAAUGCAUGAGAAGUAGCCUAAAGAACGAAGAGUGUGAUUUUGGAGAAUUCAGAAACCUCAUCAUUCCACCCAGUUACUUAACCUCUAUUAAUCAGAUGCGUAAAGACAAAAAAACAGAUUAUGCAAUGUUAGCCUCUAAGCUUGGGAAGCAAUGGACUCCAUUAAUAGUCCUGGCCAACUCUCGUAGUGGAACUAACAUGGGAGAUGGACUCUUGGGAGAAUUCAGGAUUCUUCUAAACCCAGUCCAGGUUUUCGAUGUAACUAAAACUCCCCCCAUCAAAGCCCUACAGCUUUGUACUCUUCUUCCGUAUCACUCAGCUCGAGUGCUCGUUUGUGGAGGGGAUGGGACUGUGGGCUGGGUCCUCGAUGCAGUUGAUGAAAUGAAGAUUAAGGGGCAGGAAAAGUACAUUCCGCAAGUUGCCGUCUUGCCUCUGGGAACAGGCAACGAUCUAUCCAACACUUUGGGCUGGGGCACAAGUUACACGGGCGAAAUCCCAGUCGCCCAGGUCUUAAGAAAUGUGAUGGAAGCAGAUGGAAUUAAACUGGACAGAUGGAAAGUUCAAGUAACAAAUAAAGGAUACUACAACUUGAGAAAAGCCAAGGAAUUCACCAUGAACAACUACUUUUCUAUCGGACCUGACGCUCUGAUGGCCCUCAAUUUUCACGCUCAUCGCGAGAAGGCGCCAUCUCUGUUUUCUAGCAGAAUUCUUAAUAAGGCUGUUUACUUAUUCUAUGGAACCAAAGAUUGUUUAGUGCAAGAAUGUAAAGAUCUGAAUAAAAAAGUUGAGCUAGAACUGGAUGGUGAGCGAGUAGAACUGCCUAAUCUGGAAGGUAUUAUUGUUCUGAACAUUGGAUACUGGGGCGGUGGCUGCAGAUUAUGGGAAGGAAUGGGAGAUGAGACCUACCCCCUAGCCAGGCAUGACGAUGGCUUACUGGAAGUCGUUGGAGUGUAUGGGUCUUUCCAUUGUGCUCAGAUUCAGGUGAAAUUGGCAAACCCUUUUCGAAUAGGACAGGCUCACACAGUGCGGCUGAUUCUGAAGUGCUCGAUGAUGCCAAUGCAGGUGGAUGGGGAGCCGUGGGCCCAAGGGCCCUGCACCGUCACCAUCACUCACAAGACACAUGCGCUGAUGCUGUAUUUCUCCGGAGAACAGACGGAUGAUGACAUCUCUAGUAACUCGGAUCAAGAGGAUAUCAAGGAUACUGAGUAG